AUAUAAUAUAUUUUGGUAUUCCAAAACCCUGAUGUUAGUAACGAGCUAUUGUGUUUAGAGACGGAAGCUAAAUUUACUUAAUUUGUCGUACAUGUAUGUUGAAAGUUCCUCACCAUUGCACCUUCUCUCGGGAAAACUUAUUUCUGUGAAAAAAAAUUUCCCACUUAAUUUAUGUCUAUUAAACUAGAAAGUGGACUGUCAGGAAAAGUGAGUCCUUUUUUUUGAUAUUGUUCCUAAAAAUUUCAAUACCUUCGAAUAUAUCUUACAAUUUAUAUAGCAAAAGUAUAAUCCACAUACCUGUACGUAUACCGAAUCUCUUGGAUAAAUACUACUUGAAAUGACUCAUGAAAAAAUUACAAUUUAGCUGAAAGUAGAUUACUUGUUAUAUAAGCACCAAAUUAUUAGAAUUCAGUAAGUUCUGACAUAUCAAAGGGCAUUGAACUUUCUCCCUAUUUCAUUUUUACAUGAUGUUCUUUAUUAAUCAAUUCUAAAGAAUUUUAAAUUGAAAUACUACCUGGUUUUUCAAGUUCCUUUGAUACAUAUUUCAAAAUAAAGCUAGAUGUGUAAAUUACCGAAAAAAUAAGUCUCAUUGGCUUUCUGGACUUGUGAAUCUUAUGGAGACGAUAAAACUUUGAUAUUGUUAAGUUACAACAUAUAAUUUAUGUUCAAGUAGACUGGUGAUGAAGUUGUUACAAUUCCUAGCUAGGUUUUUUACACUUGUAAUCUUUUUAUUUGAAUGAUUUUUUGUAAUGUUUGUAUAAGGUCUCAUUUUAAUUCAGUUUUCUUUUCGAAUGUUAUCCAAUCUUAUUUCAUUCAUUUAAAUAUAAUAAUAUAAACAAUCCUUUUUCCUCAAACACUAGAUAAAAAACACAGCCUUAAACAAUUUUAUUAGACUUCAUCAAUGUUGUUGAAAACCUUUCUAUUAAACUUGAUAUUAAAUCUAUUAAAUAAAUGUAGUGUCUUCUGAUGGCAAUUUUUGUGAAUUUGUUAAAUAUAUUGAUUGUUCUAUUCCGAGUUUUGCCUGGAAGGGAAAAAUCAACUGAGGUAUUCGCCUCGACUCCAGUCCACACUGCUUCGCUUUCCAAGGCUACUGUACACUAAUGUGUAUGUUUUCUUAUGGAAAUUCUAAUAUCUUACAAUUACUACUUUCAAUAUAAACUCUAUUUCAAAGUAUGGCAGAUUCUUUAUUCACCCUUUCAAAAAUUAUAUCUUUGUUGUUUUUGAACGUACUAGCAGCUCUAGAAAUUAAUAUAUAGGAUUCCGAACCAACUUGAAAUAAAAUUUUAAUAGAAACAUAUAAUAGAAACUUGAAACCUUCUGUACGUUAUAAAAUUAUUUGUGCAUUCAAUUUAUUAUACAUAGAUGUUCCUAAAUUGGUUGUUACUGGCUACUACUAUAGUCUAUAUUAAUUCAUUUUAGGUUAGGCAAAGUUUUAUUUCCAUACCGUACAACUUAACAUAAUUUGAAAAAUGUAUGAACUAAAUUUUUUUAUUUAUUAAUAUUUCAUUUACAUACUAAAUUUUCGGAUUUUUAAAUUAAAACAUACGCAUUUUCAAGAGAUCAGAGCUCAUGCAUGUUACAUUACUGACGACAAAUUGGCGAUACUUCGUUAUUUAAAGUUUCAAUACAGUUUCGACACCAAAAAACCUUUUCACGAAAAUUCUCAAACCAUUAUCAGCUGUAGUCUUAUCUGUUCAUUAGAAGUCUAUAUUGUUAUUAUUAAAUGUAUUGCAAUUAAUAUAAUACAAUUGUUGCUUUUUGAAUUGUAGCGAUUAGGGAACAGAGUGGUCAGUGUAAAACUAGAAGAAACUAUCAUGUCUCUAACCUGAACAAUGAGUAUCAAGCAGGGGGACGAAGGUAAUACUCUGCUCCCUCAAAAAUCUGGUUCAGGAUGAGGUAGGCCUACAACAGAGAAACCACAGUCGUGGCAUUAACUACUAUUCACAAAACAUAUUUUGAAAAUGAUAGGAGGGAAACUUGAUUAGGUAUAUUUGUGAUUAGUAUUGUAUAUAAAUAUACUGGAAUGCUGAGAAAAAAUAUACAAGCUGGUUGUGGAAUACGAAUAAUAAGAGGCAGAUUGAAAAAAGAAGUAGAAAUGUAUUUGUAGGGGAUGGAAUGAACAAGUUGACAUUAUUGUCAAUCAAUUAAAUUGUACAACUUCGCUAUAAAUGUUAUUAUACACUUAUUAUCUGCUAUUUUCGGCAGGCAAAAUUAUCGUAACUGACGUUAAAUCGAGUGAAAAAAUAUAAAAACUUGCAAUCCAGUCAUGGAAGAAGAUAGUCAUUGGACUACCAUGGUGAGAUGUAGUAUGUGCGGUAAAAUACCCGAAACGGUCCCGUUAUAUCAGUGCCCUAUUGAACAUCAAUAUUGCAUGGAUUGUUAUUUAAAACUGCGAGCGAGUUGCAAUGGGUCUGCUCAAAACGAGACCACUUGUCUAGUUUGUAAAGCUACGGGAAUCUUCACUCAUAGUAAAAUUAACAUGGAUUAUUUGGGUAAAAUAAAAUCUAGACCAGGCAUUGGAAGACCUUACAGAUAUAAUAUCAAUGAAAUCGCCAAUAAAGAGUGUGCAAAUUCAAGACCGUCGACUUCAAAGCUACCUAAACACCAAUUCGAGCCGAAGAUAACCCUUGAAAGAUUAUUUGGUCUUCCAUCAAAAGAGCUGGAACUAUUGUUAAGUAGGAAGACCAAAACCUCUGAGGCAGUACCACCAAAUGAAGCCCAUUGUUUAUUACAUGAACUAUCAUCAAGACCAAAUUCUGCACAGAGCAUUUCACAACAAUCCAAAACACCAAUAAAAUGUCCACAUGGGUCUUGCAAAAAAAUGAUAACCACUUCCACGUUGAUCUCACACUUCAAACAUGAUCAUGCAGAUAUUCCCUCUCAUGAUAUAAGAAGAGAUAGAGAAUUGUGCUUAACAUUAAAUGUUACCGACAUAAAACAUAACAAUCAUCAUUGUUUGGGGAUUAUAACUGUGUAUGAACCCAAUACUACUGCCAUUGAUACUUGCAAACAGUAUAUCCCUGUGAAUUCAUUUUGGCUAUUGGUGACUGGUUUCAUUGGACCUUAUGAUGAUGAAGAUGAUGCUUUGAUUAUCAUUUGGUUAUUUUGUCCUUGCCAGGAUUCGUACCAUACUACCAUUGAACUAAGUUCAAAAUCAGGUACCAUGGCAUUUUCUACUUACUGUGAAGUACACACUUCUGCUCAAAAUUUGGAGUUUGAAGACAUUGCCAGUAAAUUGCAUUGCUUGUUGUUAGGUAAGACUUCCGUAGCUGCGUUAUUAGAAGAUGGACCUGAACUGGACCUCUCGAUUACCAUUCAUUGAGUAAUGGAGAAAAUACCAUUCAUUGAGUAAUGGAGAAAAAUUCAAGUAUUGUAUUUGAUGUGGAAUCAAUAGAAUAAAUUUUGGUACAUAUUCUUUUUUGUCUAUAAUUUUUGGUUCAAUUUCAUUAAAAAAUAUUAUUUAGUUUUUAGACCACUUGGUAUACAUAAAUUUUUAAACUUAGACAAAUUUGAGGAAAUUGCUGUUUUCAAAUAAAUAUAAUGUGUAUACCUCAAUAAUUUUUCCCCUAUCUAAUAGUCUUAAUCCCAACAUUAUAUUUUAUAUAGUGUUGUAUUGAAUUUAAUUUGAGUAAAAUAAUGACUAUUUAUUCACAUAUUCAAUUU